AUGUCGAUGAUCAAGUGCUGCUUCGAGCCGCUCGAGAUGCCCGAGUUUCUGGACUCCUUCGUGAAGAAGUGCACCGAAGGAUGUUGCUGUGGUUGUUGCUCGGCCUUGCGGCCCCGCUACAAGCGGUUGGUGGAUAACAUCUUUCCGGCCAAUCCGGAAGAUGGAUUGGUGAAAUCCAACAUGGAAAAGCUCACCUUCUACUCGCUACGCUCUCCGGAGAAGUUGGAUCGUAUUGGCGAGUAUCUGUACCAGCGUGCCUCGAAGGACAUCUACCGGAAGCGCUACAAGUUCGUCGAGAUUGCCAUGGAAGCGAUGGAUCUGCUGCUGAUGGCAUGUCACGCGCAGAUACUCAACCUUUUCGUAGAGUCAUUUUUGCGCAUGGUGCAAAAGCUGCUCGAGGACACCAACCCAACGCUGCAAAUAAUGGCCACCAACUCAUUCGUACGAUUCGCCAACAUCGAAGAGGACACGCCGUCCUACCACCGACGGUACGACUUUUUCAUCUCGAAGUUUUCCUCCAUGUGCUACGGCAACAAUGACGACGUCGAGCUGCGCGACAGCAUUCGAAUGGCGGGUAUUAAGGGCCUGCAAGGAGUCAUCCGGAAGACGGUGUCCGACGAUCUGGUAGCGAACAUUUGGGAAAAGCAACAUAUGGAGAAAAUUGUCCCUUCGCUACUGUUCAACAUGCAAUCGGGUCCAUCGAAAUCCACCGAUACGGAGGCGACUCCCUCGACACCACCGCUGCUGGCAGAAGCGGUCCUCCGAGAACUCGUUAGCCGCGCAUCCUUCGGGCACAUCAAAUCCGUUCUUAAACCUUUGCUGACGCAUCUGGAUCACCACAAGCUGUGGGUUCCGAAUCGAUUCGCCAUCGAUACGUUCCGCAUCGUGAUGAUAUCGAUUCAGCCGCAGUAUUCGUACACCGUCGUCGAGACGCUGAUGUCCCAUCUGGACCAAAACUUGACUUCCUCACCAAAAACGCGCACGUCGCUGGCCGUGGUCCUGUCGAAGAUCAUCGCAAUUGCAGCGGGCGAGAGCGUGGGCCCAUCAGCACUCGACAUUAUCAACAACUUGCUUAUGCACCUGAAGACGAGCGUUAGCACCCAGCACGAGUCGACACCGGAGGAAACACAGUAUCAGGAGGCGCUGAUUAACGCCCUGGGCGAGUUUGCAAAUCAUCAUCCCGACUAUCAGAAGAUCGAAAUCAUGCUGUUCAUCAUGAACACCGUGCCGGAUCCGUCGAACAAGAGCAAAGGCGACCAGCUGUUGCAGAAUAUUCUGCUGAAGAGUUUACUCAAGGUCGGCACACAGUACCGGACAGUUUCGUUCGAGAAAGCGUUCCCGGUGUCGUUCUUGCAGCCGUUGUUAAAGAUGGGCCGGGCGGCGUCCAUCCCGAUACGCAUCAUCGUGAUGCAGAUUUUCCAGCAGUUGCUCGAUAGACACCAGAACCAACAUCUGCUAAAUGUGAUCAACGUGACGCACUACCCGACGCUAACCAUCGAGCACCCGUCGCGUUCGGACAUUUUGUUCACGCACAAGUACGGGUCCAACAUUCUGCAAGCAAUCAUCGAGAGCAUGUCGCAGGAGAACCAUCUGGAGGUGCUGAAAUCGUCCUACAACACGAUCGCGCUGGUGAUCGUUGAAAUGGCCUGUGGCGAAACGGUGCAAGAGUUUCUGCUGUUCAUACUGGGCGUACAGCAGGUGGCCGUAACCGAGGUGGAACUGUCGCCGAAGCACCGUUGCAAUCUGCACAGCAUUGCCAUUUCGCUGCUCAUCCUGUUGGGACGCUGCACCGCCAUCGGAACGCUGGUCGAGUACAUCGAGAAGCUCAUUCAGGCUCGCAUAGAAGAAGCAUCAUAUCUGCUGCCACCGCUGAUGGACAACGAUAAAAGCGCACCGAGCACGCUCAACACCAACCUGCCGCAUCUGCUGAUCGACAAGCUGGCCGUGGUGGAAUGCCUGCAGCAGGCCGGUCUCGAGAGCAACCGCGUCCAGACGGGCACCCCGUACGCGUUGAACCAGACGGACAUAUCCGCCCAUCGUCACUCCUGGGUGGACACGCACAGUGCCGUCCGACACAGUGUGGUAGAUUCGACCUACAACGACAUCGAGAGUGUUAGCAGCUCGCCCGGCGUGCAGAAACGUUCGCUCGCGUCUGAGUAUAACUUCGAGUCGAUGAAGCGCGUCCUUGCUGAACCAACGGAAGCCACCAAACGCGAGGCACGCGAAAAGCAGAUGCAAAUCGGACGUACAUUCCGCGAGACGGCCUUCGAGGAUCUGGUCCGGCGAACGGAACCAAAGCACGACGUUAUCCAGAACAAGUUGAAUGAAAUCUUCAACGCGCUGUCGGCGGAACGGCAGAUCUCGAACACGUCGUGCAGCACAGGACGGCACGCCGGUUCCGGUCAGCGACCGAUCUACGAGAACAACUUCCCGGAACUGUUCUUUUACUAGAAAGGAUUGCAUCUUUGCAUUCUGCAGCAUUCUAGGAGACGGCGUGGCAAUCGGAACUCGCAAAACCAUGUGCGGGGUUUCUGUUUAAAUUUGUUUUGUGGUAUUGGAAUCAAAUCGUGGUUGUAUUUAUUUUGCGACGAUAGCACAGUAUGUUGGUGAUUGCUAGAGACAUGUAUCAAAUAUAUAUAUGGCUGGUUACGACUUCA